AGUGACCUAAGGAAUCAGGGGGAGGAUUAGGGUCUGCUCCACAGAAGGCUUACCUCUGAAAGAGUCGGGGAGGGAAUGCGCAGUCACUCGCUGCCUUUGUCCCGAGAAGCCCCUAACACUCCUCGCCGUGGUCUGUACAUGGUCUGUACCUCCGGCCGCGCUGGCUGGUAGGCCAGCCACCUGGGAUGGCAGCCUAGUUCUCCCGCCACCUUGCCCUGCCAUGACUCUAAUCUGCAUUUAAUUCAGUCCUUCUUCCGGGAGACUCCGGCGGAGAAUUUCAUUCUCGCCUUAGUUACCCUUUAGUUCUGCUGAUUUGGGGAAUCCCCAACACUCCUCUACAGAGAAUAUACAACAUCCAGAACAAAAUUUUCCAAAGGCUUCUUCACUAAAGUCUACUGAGGUCAAACCUGAAACAGGCUGUAGACUCCACCAGCUGGGUAAGAAUGGGAAGAAGAUCAGAAAACCUAAACUUUGGUUGAUGGACUAUUUUGCCCAGGCAAAAGCAGGGAAUCUAUGAGGAAUAUGAAGACAUUCGUCGGGAGAACUCUGUUGGCACUUUCCACUGUUCCAUCUGUGGCCUAGGCAUGGCGACUCUCGGCUUUGUGACUCCGGAGGCCCCCUUUGAAUCAUCAAAGCCCCCCAUCUUUGAGGGGCUUAGCCCCACUGUUUACAGCAAUCCAGAGGGUUUCAAGGAAAAGUUCCUUCGCAAGACCCGCGAGAAUCCGGUGGUACCCAUAGGUUUCCUGUGCGCGGCGGCCGUCCUUACCAACGGCCUCUACUGCUUCCACCAGGGCAACAGCCAAUGUUCACGGCUUAUGAUGCACACCCAGAUCGCCGCCCAGGUCUUCACCGUUGCAGCCAUCUUGCUGGGUCUAGCUGCCACCGCUAUGAAGUCUCCACCCUGAGCCCAGGGUCUUGAAAACUCUGCAGAAAUCAUUCCAAAACCCAGGAGCAACCACUGGCCCUACCAUGGGACUUACUCUCUCCUCUCCUUUGAGAGGUCCCUGUGCCGUUGGGGGAGGAAGUGACCCUUCCUGUAACCGUAACUGAAAGAUUUUUUCAAAAAUCCCAGAUUCUGUUGUUUGAAUGUUACAUACUUCUAUUUGUGCCACAUCUUCCCUCCACUCCCCUGCUUAAUAAACUCUAAAAAUAAAAAAAGUAAAAAAUUAUACACA